UUAAAGAAAUGCCAAUAACACAUCUCACUUGAAAGUAGCACGUUUAAAAACGGAACGCAUUUUAUUUUGAACAUUUAAAACAGGGUAAAUUCGAUUUUUUUUCUAUAUAUUUCGAGUUUUCUAAAUUAUUUUAUUGUAUUUCUGUGUGCAAACGAGUUACUAUAGUGUUAGUUAAAAACUGCAUCAACGCGAUAGACGGUCAAGGACACCGUUAAAAUGCUUUCCAAGUAUCGUACUUGUACCAGGCUGGUCAAAAGUGUCCAAAAAGACUCGUUGAGGAGUAUUUCGUCACAAGAAGUUAUAGCAAAGGAGGAGAAAUAUGCCGCGCAUAAUUACCAUCCAUUACCGGUAGUACUAUCCAAAGCAAAAGGUGCAGUCGUAUGGGAUGUGGAGGGCAAAAAAUACUUCGAUUAUCUCAGCGGAUAUUCAGCCAACAACUUCGGCCACUGCCAUCCAAAAAUAGUAGAAGCCCUCAGAACACAAGCGGGAAUUUUACAUCACACAUCCAGGGCAUUUUUCAAUGAUGUUCUUGGAGAGUAUGCGGAAAAAAUCACUAAAUUAUUCGGCUACGAUAAAGUACUGCCAAUGAACACAGGUGUCGAAGCAGAUGAUACCGCUUGUAAACUUGCCAGAAAAUGGGGAUACAGGAAGAAAAAAAUCCCUAACAACCAGGCUAAGAUUAUAUUUUGCAGUGACAAUUUUUGGGGUAGAUCCCUAGCUGCUGUCUCCGCAUCUACUGACCCUUCGAGUUUUGAAGGCUACGGACCAUACAUGCCCGGCUUUUCCUGUGUCCCUUUUAAUGACCUUAAAGCGCUCGAGACAGCUCUCUCUGAUCCACACGUCUGCGGUUUUAUGGUCGAGCCCAUCCAAGGAGAGGCAGGCAUCAAAGUGCCCGACGAAGGCUACCUCAAAGGAAUCAGACAGCUUUGCGACAAAUACAACGUCCUCUGGAUAGCGGACGAGAUCCAGACCGGUCUGGGAAGAACCGGAAAACGCCUGGCCAUAGAUCACGAAAACGUCCUUCCAGACAUCCUAGUCCUAGGCAAAGCCCUGGGCGGCGGCGUUUAUCCAGUCUCGGCAGCCCUGGCAAACGACCCCGUGAUGCUUGUGAUCGAGCCGGGGACUCACGGUUCGACGUUCGGCGGGAAUCCCCUGGCUUGCAAGGUUGCCAUAGCGGCCUUGGAUGUGUUGGAAAAUGAGAAAAUAGCGGCGAACGCUGCGAAGCUGGGUGAUAUUUUUCGGAGUGAGCUGAACAGUCGGUUGAACAAGAAGGUGAUCAUUGAGAUAAGAGGGAAGGGUUUGAUGAACGCUGUCGUGAUCAAUAGAAAUUAUGCCGAUGCCUGGAACGUAUGUCUGAAAUUAAAAGAAAACGGUCUAAUAGCCAAACAAACUCACGAAGACGUGAUAAGAUUUGCACCAGCCCUGGUUAUUACCGAAGAAGAAUUGUACCAAUCGAUAGAAAUCAUUGUCAAUACGAUCAACAGUAUUCCUUCAUGAUACCGCUAAAGCCUCGAAGAAUUUACUAAAACUUUUUUGUUGUAUAUAUAUUUUAUUAUACACGUUUUUUUUUCACGCAA